AUGUCGCUGACGUUAGACUGGCGCAUGCAGUUCCCUCUCUUGCCUGGCAGCCGAAACUUCGGGCCCAGCCAGUGUGCCUUGUACUCGUCCUCAAACCCGCUGCAGCAGCAGCAGCAGCAGCAGCAGCAGCAACAGCAAGGGGCUCGCCAGCAGCAGCUCAGUGCAGGGACAGCAGGGACGUCAAGACCAGCAGCAGCAAAAGCAGCAAGUGCAGGCAACACGGAGCUGCGCCAACAGCAGCAAUAUCGGCAAAAACAACAAGAGCUGCAGCAGCAACGGAAUCAGCAGCAGCAGUUGCUGCUGCUGCUCUUACUACAGCAGCAGCUGACCUCUGCAGCACCGAAUUGCGGGCCAGCUCGCACAGGUCAACCGGCGAGCAGCAGCAGCAGCAGCAGCAGACUGCACCGAUGUCCCGCACUGCAGCACCAUAUCACCAGCGGAAACGAGCGCGUGCAGCAGCAGCAGCAACAGCAGCAGCAGCAGCGGCAGCAGCAGCAGUGGCAGCAGCAGUACCGCAGCGAGAGAGUACUCCUCCACAGCAGCAGCAGCAGCAGCAAUGUCAGCAGCACAGCAGUAGCUGGCAAAUGCAUCGGUUUUAAGAGGCACCUCUACAAGCGCCAGCAGGAGCGACAGAAACAGCAACAGCAGCAGCAACACCAGCAGCAGCAGCGGCACCAACACCAGCAGCAGCAGCAGCAGCAGCACCAGCACCAGCAAUCCCAGCAGCAGCAGCACCAGCACCAGCAAUACCAGCAGCAGCAGCAGCAGCAGCACCAGCACCAGCACCAGCAAUACCAGCAGCAGCAGCAGCAGCAGCAAUACCAGCAGCAGCAGCAGCAGCAGCAGCAGCAGCAAUACCAGCAGCAGCAGCAGCAGCAGCGGGGGCGCACCAACUUCGAGGAAAAGCGCGUUGUUGGAGAGGGGAGACAUGGCAAUUCCAAUUUGCUGCAGGUAGAAGAGGUACUGCAGCACGGGGCUCUUCUUCAACAAAAUCCCAUGAUUGACUCCGCGGGCCAACAGAAACAUCGUCGCCAAGUGCGAGACGCUCCCGGCUUCCCCGCAGUGCGGCCUGGGCUGCACCACUCGCACUGGGCGUUCCUCGUUUGCGCGUCCGGGGGCCCCCGGGGAGCCCCCAGGGGGCUCCGUCGGGGCCCCGCGGGGCCCCGGGACAGGUUCUGCUGCUGCGCAGCAGCAGCUCGCUGA